GAGAACAUAAAUAAAUGGUAAAAAAGUUGGGCAGAAUUUCUGGGUAAACUUCGUCACCCGGAACCAGAGGUUGCAGAGGCUCUCUCUCCUGGAAAAAUGGCUGAACAGAUUGGAAAAACAAAGCCAGUAGUGUCUUUUGAAUAUGAGCUCUUUGAAGGAGAUCCCGAUCACCUUAGAACCGUUGUGGCUACACCUACUCCGGAUGGUCCGUGGAUUGAGCCAGCGUCAUUGAAACUUAAGUACAGAAUUGGCCGAGGGCCUUUCGGUGAUGUUAGGUUAGCGACCCAUCACCAGUCAUCUCAUGAUUUUGAUGAAUAUCAUGAGCUGGCUCUUAAGGUGUUGCAUCCCUUGGAGAAGGACCACAUGCAGAAGUUCCUGGACAAGUUUGAAGAGCUAUUUUUCAAGUCCAGAGGGUUCCAUAACGUUUGUUGGCUGCACGGUAUCUCAAUUAUCGACGGAAAGAUCUGCAUUGCUAUGAAAGUUUAUGAGGGAUCAGUGGGUGAUAAAGUGGCCCAACUUAAGGGUGGCAAGCUUCAACUAUCUGAUGCUUUAAGGCACGGGGUACAGUUAGCAAAAGGAAUUCUAGAAUUGCAUUCAAUUGAGGUUCUGGUGCUGAAUCUGAAACCUUCUAAUAUUCUUCUGAAUGAAAACGACGAAACAGUACUAGGAGAUUUUGGGAUCCCAUAUUUACUUCUUGGAAUGCCAUUACGUAGUCCAGAUUUGGUUCUCAGACUUGGAACUCCAAACUACAUGGCCCCAGAACAGUGGGAACCAGAAGUGAGAGGUCCUGUAUCUUUUGAGACGGAUUCAUGGGGCUUUGGGUGUUGCUUUGUGGAGAUGUUGACUGGUGUUCAACCCUGGUCUGGCAAGUCAAUUGAAGAGAUAUAUCAUUUAGUUGUGAUCAAGAAAGAAAAGCCACAUAUUCCAAGUGGCUUACCUCCUGCCAUUGAAGGUGUUAUUAAUGGUUGCUUUGAGUAUGAUCUUCGUAAUCGACCCUUGAUAGCUGACAUACUACAUGUAUUUGAAAGCUCGCAGAAUGCUGUUCUCAGUGAAGGAGAAUGGUUUGGUUCCAGAACCAGUGCACUUUCUGGAAGAUCAAGAAGUGGUGGCCACACUGCAUGGUAUCUAUCUAAAGAUCAUCUUCUAGUUGGUGAUAUAGUUCGCUCAAGAAAGCCUUUGAAUGCCCGCAAACCUCAAACCAUGGAUGUCCCAGAAGGUACUGUGGUUAGUCUAGAGAGCAACUCUGAGAGAGAGAGUUUUGUUCUGGUGAAGCUUCCUGGAGUUCGGAACCCUGUAAGAGUACUCACCUCGACUAUAGAGAGGGUCACAUCUGGCUUUGCAAUGGGCGAUUGGGUGCGCUUGAAGGGGGAUUCCGGAAAACACUCUCCCAUUGGAAUCCUUCAUUCUAUCCAGCGCGACGGGGGAGUUGUAGCUGGAUUUAUUGGUUUAGAGACUCUUUGGAGAGGACAAUUAACUGAUCUCCAAAUGGCGAGCACUUACUACAUCGGACAGUUCAUAAGGCUAAAAGAAAAUGUCCGUUCUCCUCGCUUUGAAUGGCCUCGCAAGAGCGGUGGAGCGUGGGCCACCGGCAAGAUCUCGCAAAUCCUUCCAAAUGGUUGUCUUGUUGUGAAGUUCCCCGGAAGGUUUGUGCUUGGAGAUGAACCUCAUUGCUUCUUGGCGGAUUCAGCUGAAGUGGAAUUGGUGUCCUUUGAUACCUGUUCUGGAGUGGUGCACAAGUAUCAACAUGUUGAAGAUUUCCACUGGGCAGUGAGGCCACUUGCAAUCGCACUUGGUUUGUUUACAGCCAUGAAGUUCAGCUUAUUCGUCGGACGAACUGUGAGCACAGGGCUGAAGAAGGGCAGGAGGAAUUCGGUUCUGCAUAACGAUAGUUGUCAGGAUGGCCAGUCUGGAAGCACUGCAGCUUGGCUUCCACCACCAGUUGCAAAUCUCUUCAAAGAUGGUGCUACUGCUAGGUAAUCUUUCGCUGCCCUUGCUUUGGGGUUGUCUGCCAAACCUAUGGAAAAAGCAACAAAGUUAAUUCAGAGUGGAACGUAGGAAGGGCUUCAGCUUAUUUGCGUUGACUCGAAGGUCAUGUUGUGCUGGCAUCAAAUAAAUAAAUUGUUGUAUGUAAUUAAUCCGACUGUUUGUAUAUGUAUAUUGAAGCGCACAUUUACAUGCUGUCAAUGUGUAUAUAUGUGUGAAAAUUUGAAACC